AUGGAUGGACCCAGUGGCUGCAACCAGGGACGGAAACACAGGCACAAUUAUGGCAAUCAGGAACUGUUUCCCUGUGAAGUGUGUGGAAGACGCUUUGCAGCAGAUGUUCUGGCAAGGCAUGGACCCAUAUGCAGGAAACUCGUCAGCAGAAAGCGCAAGCCUUUUAAUUCCCUGAAGCAGAGACUGCAGGGCACUGACAUUCCUACUGUGAGGAGGGGCCCUCAAACCAAGUCUCAACCUGUGAGGACAUCAAACUGGAGACAACAACAUGAAGACUUCAUCAAUGCCAUUCGAUCAGCAAAGCAGUGUACGUUAGCCAUUAAGGAAGGCCGGCCUCUCCCACCUCCGCCCCCACCGUCCAUCAACCCAGAUUAUAUUCAAUGCCCAUAUUGUCUGAGGAGAUUUAAUGAAACCGCAGCCCAGAGACACAUUAAUUUCUGCAAGGACCAGUCUUCUCGCCGAGUCUUCAAUCCAGCCCAGACAGCAGCUAAGCUGGCAUCCAGAGCUCAGAUCUGGAGCAAGGAGAGAGAUUUGUCCAGGAAUCUCAAGUACCCGUCCUCCUCAGAAUGGUGUCCGGGAACCUCAUCACCGUAA